GUUUUUCAGGUGGUUCUUCAUACAAACUACAGCAUUUACUUAUCAAUUCAAUCACUUCACUGAAAGCAAACAAUGGCCGCCCUCAAACUCCCGACUCGCCCACUGGGUAAAAAUGGUCCUCUCCUGCCGCGCAUCGGCCUCGGACUCAUGGGCGCCAGUGGUACAUAUGGCCAGGCCCUCCCGGACGCUGAACACCUAGCCUUUCUGGACGAGGCAUACAAAAGAGGAGAAACUUUUUGGGACACAGGUACGCUUGAUACAUGAUACAUGCCCAACAGAGCAUCGUCUGACGAUCGCAGCGGACAAAUACGACGGAUCCGAAAGUCUGCUGGGCAAAUGGUUUGCCCAGAACCCUGACAAGCGCAAGGACAUCUUCCUAGCCACCAAGUUUGGUAUCCUUGCCAACACCGACGCAAACGACGGUUGGAAGUUCCGGAUGGACUCAUCCCCCGAAUACUGCCGCGCGGCGCUGGACAAAUCAUUGGAGCGCCUGGGACUGCCGUAUGUGGAUUUGUACUACGUCCACCGCUUAGACAAGGUCACGCCGAUUGAAAAGACCAUGGAAGCCAUGGUCGCCCUCAAGCAGGAGGGCAAGAUCAAGUACCUUGGUCUGAGCGAGUGCAGUGCCGACUCGCUGCGCCGGGCGCAUGCCGUGCACCCAAUCACGUGCGUACAGGUGGAAUAUAGCAUCUUCUGCCUGGAUAUUGAGUCCCCGAAGUUCCAGCUGCUGCAGGUUGCGCGCGAGCUAGGGGUUGCCAUCGUGGCGUACAGUCCGCUCGGAAACGGCAUCCUCAGCGGGGCGAUUCGGUCGCGGGAUGACGUGAGUAAGCCAGGGGAUGUCCGAGGCGUGCUGCCGUGGCUCAGAGAGGGAAAUAUCGAGAAGAACAUAGCCGUGGUGGACCAGCUUACCGAGAUCGCCAAAGGAAAGGGGGUCACCACGGCCCAACUGGCGCUGGCGUGGUUGUUCGCUCAAGGAGAUGAUAUCUUUGCCAUUCCUGGGACACGCAAGAUCCAUCGGCUGGAGGAAAACCUGGCCAGUCUCAGUUUUGACUUGUCGACGGAGGAGGACCAGGCAAUCCGUCGGUUGGCGCAGACUGUUGCGGGUGGGCGCUUCCAGGCCUUGACCGGAUAUGACUUUGGCAAUACUCCGCAGUUGUAGA